AUGAAGAAAAAAAAUAUAUUUAUUAGUUAUUUAGUAGGAAAAAAUGAAGAAUAUAUGAAAUAAUAAGAAAUGAAUGAAUUAAUGAUAAAAAAAAAUGAAAAAAUAAGUUAAAUUAUCAAACAUAAAAACAAAAAAUAAAUAUAAAAAAACAAACACAAGCAGAAUAAAAAAAAACAAAAAUAAAUAAAUAUAAAAAGUAAAAAGUUAAAAAUAAAUAAAUAAAUUAAAAGAGUUAAUUCUUUUGUUUUAAUUUCAUUUUAAUAUUUAAAAAUAUUACAAUCCAAAACAUAUAAACUAUUAUACUAAAGAUCAAGUACAAAAUUUGAGAUUAAGUGCACUUUUCUAAAUCAAUUAGUUAUUUAGAAGGAAAAAAUGAGCAAAAAAAAUAAAUAAUUAACAAUUAAAAUUAGGUUAAAAUAAUUAAAAAAUAUUUGUUAAAUUAAAAAAUCAAUAAAAUAUAAUUAUAAUUAUUUAUAUUUUCAAUAAGUUUUUAAUCUGUUUAGAUAUUAAGAAUAUUAUUGA